AUGGCUAACACAAAGUUAUUAUUGACUGAUCUUUUGCACUCCGGCAUCCGCCAUGUCCCUUCGAAUUAUGUCCGACCAAUCUCCGACCGGCCAAAUCUUCUUGACGUUCAAACCUCUCACCACUCAAUUCCUUUCAUUGAUCUCCAAGGCCUCAAUGGUCCUAACCAUUCUCUUAUAAUCAAAGAGAUUGGCCAAGCAUGUCAACAUUAUGGUUUCUUUCAGGUGAAGAACCAUGGGAUACCAGAGAGGGUGAACGAUAACAUGUUAAGGGUAUCUAACGAGUUCUUCCAAAUGCCUGAAGGAGAGAGAUUGAAAAUCUACUCCAACGAUCCAUCCAAGGCCGUACGCCUCUCAACUAGCUUCAAUGUGAAGACAGAAACGAUUGCAAAUUGGAGAGAUUUUUUGAGACUCCAUUGUUACCCUCUUGAUGACUAUAUUCAUGAAUGGCCUUCUAAUCCUCCCUCUUUCAGGGAAUAUGUGGCUGAGUACUGCACAAAUGUGAGAGGCCUUUCACUAAAAUUGCUUGAAGCAAUUUCAGAGAGCUUAGGCUUACAAAGUGAUUACAUAAAUGAAGUAUUACAGAAACAUGCACAACAUAUGGCCAUCAAUUACUAUCCCCCAUGUCCACAACCGGAGCUUACUUAUGGAUUACCCAUCCAUUCCGACCCGAAUGUAAUCACAAUUCUUCUGCAAGACAAUGUCCCUGGUUUACAGGUCCUCAAGAAUGGCAAAUGGAUUGCCGUCAACCCCAUUGCUAAUACCUUCAUCAUCAACAUCGGUGAUCAAAUUGAGGUACUUAGUAAUGGAAGGUACAAAAGUGUGCUCCACAGGGCUGUGCUAAACUGCAAUGAAGGGAGAAUCUCAGUCCCAACUUUUUAUUGCCCAUCACCUGAUGCAGUGAUCAAACCUGCACAAGAGCUGGUGGACGAAGAACACCCUGCCCUCUACAGAAGCUUCACUUAUAACGAGUACUACACCAAAUUCUGGAAUCGAGGACUUGCAACUGAGAACUGCUUAGAUAUGUUCAGAGCUUCUUCAACCUAGAUAGCUUACCUCA